CAAACCUGACAAGUUGUGAAGAUAAUACUUGCUGGCUAGCUAGCAAUGAAAUGAAAAACAAUCGCUAGCAUGCUAGCGAAUAAAUAGACAAAUAACUUUACGACAUGAUCCGGCCUUGAAUCACACGGGGAUGAGUUGGAUGCCAUGCAGAGGAGACACAGUAGCAACACUGAUGGCAUGCCCCCCGAAAGGAGCAGGAGCCAAACUCUGGGAUCAGAGAGCAGUUUGGAUGAAGGUGGAGUCUUUGACUGCCUAAAGCCUGAGUCCCCUUCCCCACAGCAGAUAUUCUCUGGCCUGGUGGGUGUUCCCUCGGGAAACGUAGCUUCUGCCCCUUUCCAGGCGGCUGGAUUGGUGCUGGGCUCACCCCCUGAGGUGUUUAUCCAGAUGACUGCCUCCUCUAGAGAGGAGGGGCCCCACCGCUCCGAGAGCACCCCCUACCUCCCACGCCCACCACAACACCAUCACCACCACUACCACCAACCCCCCCAGCACCGGUCCUCCUUGCUGCACGCAGCCACCUCCGAUCGUCAUGGUAAUGGGGAUGAGGGGGCAGAAGACCCCUCCACACCUGCACCCGCCCUCUCUGAGCUUCGAGCUGUCAUUUCCUGGCUUCAGAAGGGGUUUCCCUUCAUUCUCAUCCUCCUUGCGAAGGUCUGCUUCCAGCAUAAGCUGGGGAUUGCAGUGUGCAUUGGGCUGGCCAGCACAUUUGCUUUUGCCAAUUCAACUUUCAAACACCAGGUGUCAUUGCGGGAAAAGAGAUCUGUGUUUGUCACCCUCUGGAUCCUGAUUUUCCUCGCUGGGAACACUGUGUAUAUCUACUACACAUUUAGCACAGAGGAAUUGCACAACAGCCUUAUCUUUGCGAAGCCCAACAUUGACACCUUUGAUUUCUUCGAUUUGAUCUGGGCCGUGGGGAUCACCGACUUUGUUCUGAAGUACUUCACUAUAGGUCUGAAGUGUUUUGUGCUGUUUCUGCCAAAAAUCCUCCUGGCUUUCAAAUCCAGGGGGAAGUUGUACCUGGUGAUUGAGGAGCUGAGCCAGCUGUUCCGAGCAUUGGUGCCCAUCCAGCUGUGGUACAGGUAUAUCAUGGGGGAGGACCCAUCCAGCAGCUAUCUCCUGGGGGCUGUGCUGAUCAUAAUCUACAGCCUAUGCAAGUCCUUUGACAUUUGUGGAAGAAUAGCAGCAAUACGGAAAGCCUUGGCAAUUCUGUGCAGUUCCCAGAAUUAUGGCAUGAGAGCCAGCAGCCAACAGUGCAGCGAGGCAGGAGAUGUGUGUGCCAUUUGCCAAGCGGAGUUCCGAGACCCGGUGGCUCUGCUGUGUCAGCAUGUCUUCUGCGAGGAGUGCUUGUGCCUGUGGUUCGACCGAGAGCGGACGUGUCCCCUGUGCCGUUCAGCAGUUAUAGAAACCGUGCGCUGCUGGAAGGAUGGCACCACCUCCGCCCACUUCCAGAUCUACUAGCUUCCAAGACUGACGAGGAUCACCCAGAAAUAGCACCAUCUACAUGGGUGUGGAGUGAGGAUCCAGCCAUUGUAAUGCGCUGUAUGCUGUUGCAUUCUAGAUACACAAGCUUCUAUGUUCUGCUAACCCUUUUUUAUGCGUUGUCACCUUUUUGUCUAGACGUGUGGCUUCGUCCAUGUAUGUGCAUUAGCCUGAAAUUUAUGGUAUGCAACUUGCAGUAUUUAUUGUGGUCUAAUACAUUUCACCAUACUAAGAGAGAAAUCAAUCAGAGGGCUCCCUCUGGUGCUGAUUGGUUGAAUGACAUGUCUGUCAAUUGCCAGUGUUCAGGUGAUUUAAUUACUUCUCAACUUGUUGAAAAAAGGUCAGUACCUGUUUAGAUUAAAAUAAUUUUUGAAUAUUUUUUGUGAACAACGUCAUUUCUGCUUAGGGACUUAUAUUAUGUUGUCAUGUGUGAUGUACAGUAUUUUAUAUUAAUUUGCAGUGUUUUUCCUCAAGCAGUGAACCGUAAUUAAGCCACAAUGGAAAGGAUUCACCUAUGAAUGAAAUGAAAUUGUAUGAAAUGA